UUUUUCCAGUUACCAUCUAUAUUUUGGGGUCUGAUUUUACAAGUUACCAGAUUAGAAAUGGAAAAGCGGAAAUUCAUUUUGUUUAGCACUUAGCAGUGGGAUGGCAAAUGGACCAACCAAUCAUUCCUGAAAAAAACCCAGCGGCUGAAGAUAUCGAGUGUGUGCCUGUUGGUUCUUUCCUCUCUCUCUCUCUCUCUCUCUCCGUUUCUAGUUCGUCUCUCGUUUUUUGAUUGAUUCGUGUUAAAAUUAUCCGGUCCAUCUUAUCCGUGUUCAUCCUGAUAAAACACUCUGUUAUCCAUUUGUUUAUCUUCAUUUGAUGAGAAUUUAGCCAACCCAGAAUUUUGAUUCUUGUUAUCUGUGGCAGAAAGUUUCAAACUUUGUAGCAUAUUUUUAGCUCUGUCAAUGGCGGUUCUUGUAAAUUAUGUGUCUCCAAUUGCACACCCAUUGCCAGAAACCACCAGAAAAACUUGUGGGUUCUUCUCCCACAUCAGGAAUCUCCAACCCCUUUCCCUUAGCAAGGGAUUUUCCAGAGUUUUGGCGGCUUCCCAGAUCACGAUUUCUCCGAAAGACACCGUUUUCGCCUUGCCCAACUGGAGGCAUGCCAAGAAUGACAGAAGAAGUAAGGAGCUCAGACUCAUUGAUGCCUUUGUGCAUUUGGAGUCUAUGGUGGGGAAGGACCAGAAGCCUGAUGUGGCUCAGGCAACUCAGCUCUUGUAUGACCUCUGCAAAGCGAAUAAGAUGCGAAAGGCGGUCAGAGUCAUCGAAAUGAUGGUUGUUUCCGGCAUUAUACCUGAUGCAGCUUCUUAUACUUUCUUGGUGAAUUACUUGUGUAAAAGAGGGAACAUUGGGUAUGCAAUGCAGCUGGUAGAGAAGAUGGAGGAGUACGGAUAUCCGACGAAUACUGUGACCUACAAUUCGCUCGUCAGAGGGCUUUGCGUUCGUGGAAACUUGAAUCAGAGCUUGCAGCUUUUGGAUAGACUGAUACAGAAGGGUCUGGUUCCGAAUGUUUAUACGUACUCUUUCUUACUUGAAGCUGCUUAUAAGGAAAGAGGGGUCAAUGAAGCCAUGAAGCUCCUGCAGGAGAUAAUUGCUAAAGGUGGAAAGCCUAAUGUGGUCAGUUACAAUGUCUUGUUAACUGGUUUGUGCAAGGAAGGUAGGACUGAUGAGGCAUUUCGGCUCUUUAGGAGUUUGCCUUCGAUGGGGUUCGAUCCAAAUGUUGUGAGCUAUAACAUCGUACUAAGGAGUUUGUGUCACGAGGGUAGGUGGGAAGAGGCAAAUGUGCUUUUGUCUGAGAUGGAAGGAGAGGAUCGAGCCCCUUCCAUAGUUACGUAUAACAUCUUAAUUGGUUCACUUGCACUUCAUGGUAGAACUGAACAUGCUCUUCAAGUUUUGGACGAAAUGCAGAGAGGUCGGUUCAAGCCUACUGCUGCCAGCUACAAUCCGAUCAUUGCUCAUCUCUGCAAAGAGGGGAAAGUGGAUGGUGCGGUCAAGUGUCUAGACCAAAUGGUUCAUCGGCGGUGUAAUCCUAAUGAGGGAACAUUCAAUGCCAUUGCUGUGCUAUGUGAGGAAGGUUUGGUGCCAGAGGCAUUCUCUAUCAUUCAAAGCCUCUGCAAUAAACAAAAGUGCUCCAGCUACGAGUUGUACAAAAACGUAAUCACAAGCUUAUGUCGGAAAGGGAACACGUUUCCAGCGUUUCAGAUAUUGUACGAAAUGACCAAGCACGGUUUCACUCCAGAUUCUUAUACGUAUUCAUCUCUGAUCAGAGGAUUGUGUUUGGAGGGUAUGCUGGAUGAGGCCAUGGAGAUUUUCAAGGUAAUGGAAGAAAACAGCCUUAGGCCUGAUACGGACAAUUUCAAUGCCCUUAUACUCGGUUUCUGCAAGUCUCGAAGAACAGACUUGUCCUUCCAGGUUUUUGAGAUGAUGAUAGAGAAAGGGCGUAUGCCUAACGAAAUGACCUACACCAUUCUUGUGGAAGGGAUUGCGCACGAAGGAGAACUGGAACUGGCAGCCAGAGUCUUAAAAGAGUUGCACCUGAGACAUGUAGUGAGUCCGAAUACAGUGGAAAGACUGGUUAUGCAGUACGACUUUGAGGAUUUACCGGGAUAGAAACGAAGGAAAACAAAACGGAAAUACUGUGACAGGAGAGAAAAGCAAGCAAGAUUAUGGCCAAGUCGUCUCUAGGGCCAAGAAGUUUUGGAAACUCAAUUCCGGCAGGCUGUUCAAUCGUAUGGUGUAGAUCGAUCGAUGAGGGAAGAAAGGAAACAAUAGGAGAUGCAUUCCUUAUGACCAUUGACAUAUAUAUUCAGGCUUUGGAACUGGGCAGCAUUGAACAAGUUCAAGACAAAGAAGUUUUGCUCUAGACUCUUACUUUAUUUACUUGAAGCUAAUUAUUUUAUGAGAGGCUUUAACUCUGGAGAGAACUUGCAUUCUUCAGUUUUGUUCCGUAAAUUAAGUCUAACAGCUGUUCUGAGAUGUGUUUCAAACUACAUGUUGGUACCACUUGAAGAACAAAACUCAGAGAUCCGUUUCAAACUUUUACUCGUUUAA